CGGGUGUCCGAGCGCCUCGAGCUGGCCGUGCUCUACAAGGAGUACGCGCCCGACGACCUCGUCUACCAGCACAAGAUCAAGGACCUGCUGCAGAAGUACUCAUACAUCCGCAAGACGCGGCCGGACGGGAACUGCUUCUACCGCGCCUUCGGCUUCGCCCACCUCGAGGCGCUACUGGGCGACCGCACCGAGCUGCAGCGGUUCAAGGAGAUCUCGGCCAAGAGUAAGGAGGAGCUGGUGUCUCAGGGCUUCACCGAGUUCACGAUCGAGGACUUCCAUAACACGUUCAUGGAGCUGAUUGAGCAGGUGGAGCGGGGCGUGGCGCCAGGCGAGCUCCUGGCCGCCUUCAACGAGCAGAGCACGUCCGACUACCUGGUGGUCUACCUGCGGCUGCUAACGUCCGGGCACCUGCAGCGCCACGCCGCCUUCUUCCAGCACUUCAUCGAGGGCGGGCGCGGCGUCAAGGAGUUCUGCCAGCAGGAGGUGGAGCCCAUGAGCAAGGAGAGCGACCACAUCCACAUCAUCGCGCUGGCGCAGGCCCUGCAGGCGCCCGUGCGCGUCGAGUACAUGGACCGGGGCCGCGGCGCCACCAACCCCCACGUCUUCCCCGAGGGCGCUGCACCCCGCGUCUGCCUGCUCUACCGUCCCGGCCACUACGACAUCCUGUACCCCUGACCUCCAACCCCCGCCCCCCCCCUCUGCCUGCUGUACCGCCCCGCCUGCUGCAGCCUCCUCUCCCCAACCCCAUCUCUGCCUGCUCCACUGCCCCAGGAACUGCCCCUGCCACAGACAGAGGUGACCAUGGACCCCCAGCUGCCCCAGCCCCUCCCUCCAGCCCCAUCAACUGCCCUGGUCCCCUGCCACCUGUUCCCUGCACCUGCCCCAGUGCAUCCCCCCACACGUGUCUGUGCUGGUGCUGGGGAAACUAUAUCCCCCCAAGCUCCCCCU